GCGAUUUACGGCCCUCCAGAGACUGACGACUCCAAAGCCCAAUUCAGCUCCACCAAUGUUGAUUUGUUGGAAUCCGAUGGCGUCUCGCAAUCAUCUCAGAGCAGACUUUCAGAAAAGCAUGGAGUAGUCACCCGUGUCAUAGAGCUCGACGAUGUCUCCUUCGUCGAAGGAAACCCAUCCGAAAUGGACAACUCCCCGUAUCCAGAAGUGAGGGCUGCGGUGACCACAGAUAUCGAUGUAAAUGUUCACCUCAAUCACUGGCGAAGCUGGUUUUUGACAACGGUUUUCGUGAUUGUUUUCAGCGGUGUCAAUCAGUUCUUUUCCUUGCACUAUCCUACCAUCAGCAUCGAUUAUGUCGUGGCCCAGGUUAUCUCGUUUCCUAUCGGUAAAGCGCUUGAAAAGUUGCCCGAUAUCCGGUUUCCGAGGGCGCCGUUUUUCAACUUGAAUCCUGGCCCAUUCACACCCCAGGAGCAUGCGCUUUUGACCAUUGUGGUUUCCUUGACCGCCUCCACCUCGUACGCGAUGAACAUCUUGAUCGCGCAAACCAACUUUUACGACCAGGACUUAAAUAUUGGGUACCAGAUCUUGCUUGUUUUGAGUACGCAGCUUUUGGGUUACGGGGCCGCGGGCUUGACCAGACGGUGGAUAGUAUACCCGGCCUCGAUGACCUGGCCACAGUCUUUGAUUACCUGCACGGUGUUCAACACCUUGUCCAAGUCCCUGUUGGGAGAUAAUCUCCAAGUUAGCCGGUUCAAUAUUUCACGUUACAGGAUGUUUGCUAUUGUGGGCACCAGUUCCUUUGUCUGGUACUGGUUCCCAGGCUUUAUUUUCAAGGCAUUGUCUUACUUCAACUGGGUGUGUUGGAUUGCUCCAAAGAACAUCGUGGUAAACCAAAUCUUCGGGACCUCGUCUGGCUUGGGUAUCAUCCCAAUCACCUUCGACUGGACCCAGAUCACCCAGGCUUUGGGUGUGUCGCCUCUCGCCACGCCAUUUUGGGUUGCUGCAAACACUUACGGUUCCGUGUUCCUCUUCUUUGUGAUUGUGUUACCUUGCUUGUACUACACCAACACCUGGGAUGCAAAGUAUAUGCCAAUGAUGAGCACCACCACUUACGACAACACGGCAAGCAAGUACAAUGUUACCAAGGUCUUGGACAAGGAUUUGGUGUUGAACAAGGCGGCAUACAAAGCGUACUCACCUUUGAUGGUUCCGUACUCCUACCUCUUGUCGUACGCCUUGAACUUUGCGGCUGUGUUAUCCAUUUUCACCCACACGUACUUGUACCACGGCAAAGACAUCAUGGGUAAAUUGAGAAACUCCCAACACGGGGGGGAAGACAUCCAUAAGAGGCUCAUGAACCGUUUCAACGAAGUUCCGGACUGGUGGUACGGCCUUCUCUGGGUCAUCUCGGUAGGGUUGUCCUUCGCUGCUGUCUGUGGUUAUCCAGGUCACACCCAAUUGCCUUGGUGGGGUCUUGUUGUAUCCUUGGGUAUUACCUUUGUGGGCUUUAUUCCGCAGGGCUUGUUGGAGGGGAUUACCAACCAACAUGUUGGGUUGAAUAUUGUUACCGAGUUGGUUGCUGGUUAUAUCUGGCCCGGUAAGCCGAUUGCCAAUAUGAUGGUGAAAUUAUACGGCUUCAUCCCGAUGAGACAAGGCUUGAAUUUCUCUCGUGACUUGAAGUUGGGCCAGUACAUGAAAGUCCCUCCUCGCACGAUGUUUUUCAUGCAAAUUUGGGGCACCAUCUGGGCCUGUCUUGUUAACGUUGGUGUUCAGCAGUGGAUGCGUUUCCAUGUCAAGGGCAUUUGCUCUUCAAGCCAAUCGGACGGGUUUACCUGCGCUCAGGGUAGAACAAUCUUCAAUGCUUCCAUUAUUUGGGGUGCGGUGGGGCCUAAGGAGUUGUUCUCUCUGGGCAAGAGAUAUAACGCCAUCAUGUACUUCUUCCUCAUCGGAGCUAUUUUCCCAAUUUUCACCUGGUUACUCUGGAGACGGAACCCUACUAAGUGGUACGGGAAGAUCAAUGGACCGGUGUUUUUCACUGGCUCGGGGAACAUCCCCCCAUCCACUCUUUACAAUUACUCGUUGUACUUUGUGACGUGCUAUGUGUUCAAUUCCUACAUUAAGGACAACUUCAAGAAGUUCCACACAAAGUACAAUAACGUUAUUAGUGCCGGGUUUGAUGCUGGUGUCGCGUUGUCGAUUAUCAUCAUUUUCCUCUGCGUUGUAUACCCAGGAGGGAAGUUAAACUGGUGGGGUAAUACCGUUUACCAAAAAACCUUGGAUUAUGAGUAUGCCCCAUUCUAUACUUUGAAGAAGGGCCAGACGUUUGGUCCAAAAGAAUGGUAG